AUUUCCUGUGAUGCGGCCAUGUGGUUUGACGCGGGGUUGAAUCAGCGUAAAUACUCGAUUCACACACCGAUUCAGUUCAAUGAACUCGUUUCCAGCUGUGUCUGUCUGACUUGUCAAAGUAGAAUCAUUCAGGAGAGUCCUAAAGUGACAGAGGGCCAAAUGAAAGUGUAUAUCUCCGACGGAAACCCGCACUGUAUUAAAGUGCUGGCGGCGCUGGAACUCACUGGAGUGAAAUGUGACACAGAAGUGGUCAGCCACGAGGAGAGAGUGGUCCCUCACUUCACUCACCCUGUGUUACCUGUCCUGUUGUUACCCGACGGCCAGCAUCUCUUCAAGCCCAACAGCAUCUGCCAAUACCUGUUCGACAUCAGUAGUCAAAACCCGACUGACGCAACUAAUCAGUGGCUGGAAUGGGAAGCAACCAAUUUACAGCCAGCAGUGCUGCAGUCUCUCCACAUGGUGGCGCUGCAGGGGAAACAUGUCGAAGCGGCCGCUGUGUUGAAGGAGCCAUUGAACUGGCUGGAACAGAGUCUGAGCAAGAAAAACACACCGUUCCUUACAACAGAGGCAGUGUCAGUUGCAGAUAUCGUCCUGUGGGCGGCGCUGUAUCCUCUCCUGUCUGACUCUGGUUUUGAUGUUGGUAAGAGCUCAAUCCUCUGUUGAUCUGCUCAGACUGCAGGACUCGUAUCUGAUGUGGUUGAGCUGCGGUCUGUGCGUGGCUGGUUCGAGCGUGUCGGUGGUCUCAAGGCGUGUCAGACGGCCGCUCGCAGAGUCCUGCAGGGAAAAGGUGUUGAAGCCUUGAAGACUUUCCUCCAGAAACUACCGGCCACACAAACACAGCGCUGGGACAGUCCCGCCAACGAGGCUGGAGACGGUGAGCAUGUGAUGACAGAGGAGGAGAUUGAAGAAGCUGCUCAGGUCUGGUCUGAAGGACUCAAAGCUUCUCCUGCGGUCACAGAGAGGAAACACCCGAUUCUCCCUCAGGAAGGAAAGAGAAACGUGCUGCUCACCAGCACUCUGCCGUAUGUCAACAAUGUGCCGCACCUGGGAAACAUCAUCGGAUGUGUGCUCAGCGCUGACGUGUUCGCCAGAUACGGCCGUUUGCGUGGCUGGAAUCUGCUGUACGUCUGCGGUACGGAUGAGUACGGGACGGCGACGGAGAACAAGGCUCGUGAGGAGGGACUGACGCCGCAGGAGAUCUGUGACAAAUAUCACGCCGUCCACGCCGAAAUCUACCAGUGGUUCCAGAUCGACUUCGAUUUCUUCGGUCGCACCACCACUGAACGACAGACCGAGAUCGCUCAGGACAUCUUCUGGCGUCUGCAUGAGCGGGGUUUUCUGCUGGAGGACACGGUCGAGCAGCUGCGCUGUGAAAGCUGUCAGCGAUUCCUGGCCGAUCGCUUCGUGGAGGGCGAGUGUCCUCACUGCCGUUACCCAGAAGCCCGCGGGGACCAGUGUGACAAAUGUGGACGUCUGAUCAACGCUGUGGAGCUCAGGAAUCCACAGUGUAAGGUGUGUACGGAGACGCCGGUGAUCCGCUCGUCUAAACACCUGUUUCUGAACCUGCCGAAGCUGGAGGACGAGCUGGAGCAGUGGCUCGAUAAGUCGAAAGGCUCCGGUGACUGGACGGCUAACGCGCGGCACAUCACACGCUCAUGGCUCUGCGACGGUCUGAAGCCACGCUGCAUCACGCGUGACCUCGUGUGGGGAACACCGGUGCCUCACGAGGAAUACAAGGAGAAGGUGUUCUACGUGUGGUUCGAUGCUCCUAUUGGCUACCUCUCUAUCACAGCUAACUACACCGACCAAUGGGAGAAGUGGUGGAAGAAUCCUCAGCAGGUGGAGCUCUAUAACUUCAUGGCGAAGGACAACGUUCCCUUCCACAGUGUAGUGUUCCCUUGUUCACUUCUCGGAGCUCAAGACAACUACACACUAGUCAAUCACCUCGUCGCUACGGAAUACUUGAAUUACGAGGACAUGAAGUUCUCGAAGAGCCGCGGCGUCGGUGUGUUCGGGGACAUGGCUAAAGACACGGGGAUCCCGUCAGACGUCUGGCGCUUCUAUCUCCUGUAUCUGCGUCCCGAGGGACAGGACUCGGCCUUCUCCUGGAGCGACAUGGCCUUCAAAAACAACUCGGAGCUCAUUAACAACCUCGGAAACUUCAUCAACAGAGCCGGGAUGUUCGUGUGUAAGUUCUUCAACGGUCGUGUUCCUGAGAUGCUCCUGAAUGAAGAUGACAAGCGGCUCAUCGCUCAGGUCCGCUGGGAGCUCAAGCAGUACAUCCAGCUGCUGGAUAAAGUCAGGAUUCGUGACGCUCUGAAGUGCAUCCUGAAUAUUUCUCGUCACGGGAAUCAGUACAUCCAGGUUAACGAGCCCUGGAAGAAGAUCAAAGGAGGAGAUGGUGACAGGCAACGGGCCAGGACAGUGACGGGCGUGUCGGUGAACGUAGCAUGUCUCCUGUCGGUCGUGCUGGAGCCAUACAUGCCGUCUGUCAGUCAGACCAUCCGCCAGCAGCUGCAGGCUCCGCCCACCUGCGUCAGCACAAUGCUGCAGAACACGGGGACCUUCAUCUGCACUCUGCCCGCAGGACACUGCAUUGGCACGGUCAGUCCUUUGUUCCAAAAGCUGGAGCACGAACAGAUCGAGGUUCUGAGGAAGAGAUUUGGAGGACAACAGACUCCGAGUUCCAGCAGCGCUGCAGUCGAGAACAAACCCAGAUCUGGUGCGGCGCAGGACGCAGAUCCAGAGAGAGUCAAACAGCUGACGGCUUUAGUGGCAGAACAAGGAAAUAAAGUCCGAGUCCUAAAAGCUCAGAAAGCGGAGAAGUCUGUCAUUGAGAAGGAAGUCGUGACGUUACUGGACCUCAAAAAACAACUUUCUCUUGUGGAGGGCAAGAACCCGGAGCCGGCCGCUCCGAAAGGAAAGAAGAAAUAAAAAAUUGAUCAUGGAGGAAUAUUUUCUGAAACCGUACAGAACUAAAUGCAACCAAUCCUUUUAAAAAUGCAAUGGAGUCUAUUAAAUGAUCUUUUUAAAAUGCAAUAA